CCGCUGGAAUGUGUGAACCGCCUACAUCUGGAUUAUUGGCCAGCACGGGCUCGCGUCCUCACAGCUUGUGAACAAUUCUACCUCGAUGGACAAGGAUAAUCGUGACGACUUCACGUUCGCAAAGCUUUCCGAUCUCAAGCUGCCCGUAACCUUUCGCGUUUCACAACUUGAGGGUACUCGGCAACGGAAGUCUGUGCUGGAGGUGCUGGAAGAGCCAGAGCUGAGGCACUACGGUGCACAGUCGUCGACGCUUUCAGACUUAUACGUCACUUGCCAACUGGUAGCUGAAAACAAACCGUUAACCAUCCCAUUCAGAACAUCCUUUAAGGCCUUCAAGCACAACUAUACUUGGAACGAAUGGAUAACGUUUCCCAUACGGUACUGCGACCUACCGCUGAGCUCGCAGAUCACCUUUACAGUGUGGGAUAUUGGAAGCCCACGUACGGCUGUUCCGGUUGGUGGCUCAACAUUCAGGAUGUUCGGGAAGAAGGGGACCUUGCGGAGGGGGAAACACCGGCUAUUUUUGUGGCCAGAUCAAGAGGCGGACGGUUCCAUGGAAUCGAAGACACCCAGCAAACUAGGUACGAGAGACGAAAUGGGUCGGUUAGAAAAGCUAGUCAAGAAAUACGAGCGCGGGGAUUUGCCCAAAUCAGAUUGGCUUGAUAAAAUGGCUUUCCGCAAGAUGGAGGAAAUACAUGCAGCUGAGACUGCGAAGUCUAACAACAUGUUCCUGUACAUAGACAUUCCGCGUUUCGAUUUUCCAGUUAUUUUCAGCGAACCUGAGACCCAGACCAUUCCUUCAACGUCUGCACCAGUGACCACCGCUGCGCAGUUACCAAUGGCACCCAUCUUGCCACCUUCCUUUGCGACCGAUCCUCAUUUGUGGGCCGUCUCUGAUCCAGACAUGUUACGCGAGAACCCUGUGGAGGACAAACAUCGGCGGUUGGUCCGAAGUCAUCGUAGUAGCCCAUACGACAGAGAGUUGAAGCCGAAUGCUAAGAUAAGAGACGAACUGGGGGAAAUGUUGAAUUACCCGCCUUCGCAACCCCUUACCUCUGAGGAGAAGGACAUGAUAUGGAAGUUCCGUUUCUACCUCGCUCGUGACAGGCGAGGACUCACUAAGUUCCUCAAGUCUGUAACUUGGAGAGACCCGACGGAAGUGAAGCAAGCCGUAGAGGAACUUCUACCUAUGUGGACCGAGAUCGAUACAGAUGAUGCUCUUGAAUUGUUAGGACCAAGUACAGUCGAUUCACGUGUCAGAGCAUUUGCAGUUAGGCAGCUCAGCAGGGCAGAUGAUGAGGAACUCAUGUUAUACCUACUGCAGCUCGUGCAAGCGCUCAAAUUCGAAAGUGCAGCUAGCGAACAACGGUCUUCGCGGUCCGCAACUAGCGCGAUAUCGUACGACGACAGCGGAUUGACGGACUUCCUCGUCACCCGUGGCGUACAAAAUUUUGUCCUUGGAAACCGUUUGUACUGGUAUCUUAUGGUGGAGGUUGCCCUCGAAGACAAAGUCGUCGCGAAGAUGUAUGGCCGUGUCGUCUACAAGUUUCUUAACAAGAUCCUUGAGUCGGAAGGUGGUAGCGAACGUCGUGAGUUGAUGCGACGACAAGGACUCUUAGUAGAGACCCUUGGAAAGCGCGCGAGGGAAAUUAGAACGUCGAAGGAUUCUCGGCAGAAGAAAAUCGAGAAGCUUCGUUCGUUCAUAAAUGAUCCGAAGCACGGCCUUGUCGACAUUUCUGCACUUCCUUUGCCUCUCAAUGCGCGAGUUCAGAUCACCGGAAUAAACGCAGAGAAAUCGUCCGUAUUCAAAUCUAACCAAUACCCUUUCUUACUUUACUUCAAAUGCACCGACGAAACGGAAUACCCCAUUAUCUUUAAGGACGGCGACGAUAUGCGACAAGACCAACUGGUAUUGCAGUUGUUCACAUUGAUGGACCGCCUUCUGCGCAAGGAAAAUUUGGAUUUGAAGCUGAGUCCAUACGACGUGCUGGCAACUGGGCCGCAGCAAGGCAUGAUGCAAUUCAUCCCAAGCAAGACUAUCGCAACCAUAGUGAGCGAGCACGGGACGGUUCUCAAUUACUUACGUGCGAAUCAUCCGGAUGAGGGGAGCGUUGGCACGUACGGUGUAGAACCAAGUGUCAUCGAUAUCUUUGUCCGAAGCUGUGCUGGUUACUGUGUUGUCACUUAUCUACUUGGUGUCGGAGAUAGACACUUAGAUAAUCUAUUACUCACACCGGACGGCCACUUUUUCCACGUGGACUUUGGUUACAUACUUGGGCGAGAUCCGAAGCCAUUUCCUCCACCUGUUAAGGUUUGUAAGGAAAUGGUGGACGGGAUGGGCGGCGCACAAUCAACACACUACGUGCGGUUCAAGAAUUUUUGUUUUACGGCAUUCACCAUUUUGCGCAAGAGUGCCAACCUGAUCCUAAACUUGGUAGCCCUGAUGGUCGAUGCCAACAUUCCAGAUAUCAAGCAUCGUGAUGUGCACGAGCAAAUCCAAGAAAAAUUCCGACUAGAUCUUACGGAAGAGGAGGCCAUCAAACACUUUGAAGCCCUGCUGAAUGAAACAUCGUAUUUCACGGUCGUCCUUGAUCGGAUACAUGACCUGGCACAGUAUUGGAGGAGCUGAUUUUUCCACGGUGUGGCAGCAGUAGUUGGUUGCAUAGAAUGUAAUGUGCAAGGGAAAGCUCCGCAGUGCUUGUCAGUUAACGUGCCAAUGAUACACAUUACAGUAAUGU